GGAAAAGGUCCAACCAAACAGCAAGCUUACAAAGACAAUGACUGUUCUUCCCUUGUUGGCAAACAAUCGAGUGAAGAAAGGCAUAGCAUUAGAUGGGAAACUAAAGGAUGAAGACACUAACCUGGCUUCUACUACUAUUAUAAAAGAUGGAAUAGACCGGACAGUUCUAGGGAUCCUGGUUGCUUACAAGAUCAAGGUGAAGCUUACUGCCUCAGGCCUGCUGGGAGAUUUCACUUCUAGUGAUGUGAGCAUGGAGUUGCCCUUCCGUCUGAUGCACCCCAUGCAAGAAGAGCCCAAUACAGCAGGUCGGUAG